AUGUGUAAAUGGGGACCUGAUGAACCAAACUUUGAAAAUCCUAAGAAGUGGACAAACACUGGUCAGGAUUCUGCUAGUGGUGAUGCUGGUAAGGAUGCUUUCUUCUGGCACGGUUUUGAUCUUCUUAUAAUUAUUAAUAUCUCUCUUGCUUUCAUCUUUAUAUACUCAGUUCAGCACACUCUCAAUAGUACUGGUAAUGGUGAAUUUCAGUCUAGUGGUACUAUAACUAUCACAGUGGGUGCUACUAACUUUACAAAACUCAAUACUACUAGUCCUGUCGAAAUCACAAGUAUAACUGGAACUAUCAAGAAGUACGAAGAUGGUCAACCUAAAGAUUUCAAGAGUGGCAUUACUGAAACACUCAAUGCUGGUACUAAGUUAGAAAUUGAAGCCAAAGGUCAAAUCUCUACUAUUACUGGUUCUGAUGUUACGAUUAAAGGUGAUGUCACGGUAACCAAUCAGGGAGAUCUUAGAAAUGCACUCACCCUAACUCAUAACGAUCACAGCAGUACUGGUCUCAGUGGAACAAUAACACCCAAGGAUACUGACAGCAAAGUCACAAUCAAUGGUAGUUCUAUCAAUUUGACAGGGACCGCUCUGGAUGCACUUAAGUCUCUCACUAAAAAUGCUGUUACUCUCACAAAUGGUAGUUUUAGAUCUAGUGCUAGUAUCACAGUAACAUCCAGUGAUGUAGACUUCAAAACACUCAAUGUCGGUAGUAGUGGUCUCCAAAUCACUAAAAUCAGUGGUACUAUCAAAAAUGCUGAUGGAAGUGAACUCCAAAGAAGUACUCCACUCACUGUUGGUGAUAAGCUAACCCUCGAUGCCAAUGGUACUAUCACUCAACCUCAAACCGCUAAAAAUACUCCAGUUAAACUUAAUGGCACCAUUGUGGUUACAUCAAAUGAUCAGGAAAUUGGUUCUACACUCACCUUCGGUGGAGAUCCAAAUCGUUCUGGUGUCACUGGAUCCCUCAAUCUCGACAAUGAUAGGGGCCGUAAGUAUGUCAAAAUCACUGGUACUGAUCUCAAAAUCGAUAGCGGUGCCUACCAAGCUAUCCAGGGUGCUGCUGAUACCACCUCUAGUUCAUUUACCAUUGGUGCUGCUGAUCCUCGUGAUCCUGGUAGUAUUACAGGUGCCCCUGGCCUCAAAGAUGAAGAGUGCUUUACUAAGUACUGGCACAUUCUUCCUCCUAACAACUACACUGAUACUAAACUUCAUUACUUGACAUCUGUAUCUCCUGCACUCAUGGUACUCCUAAUAGCCACAAUAUUUCCACCAAUGAUAGUAGUUAUACUCCAAUUCACUGAUAAACAAUCUGAUGCUAAACAUUCUCCCAAAGCUUAUGGCGGUUGGGGAACAAAUAAUCUUCAGUUCUGGCACAUAGUUAAUGUGUUGAUCGUUAUUAAAAUCACUCUCGUCACUAUAUUAAUAUACUCGCUACAUUAUAGAGAUUCACAGCUACUGAUAAAGAUAUUCUGUUACCAAUGCAGCUGUCAUGAAGCAGACAAAGCAAUUGGAUAUCUAACACUCACUCCAAGCAACUCUGGUAACUAUAAUUCUGGUGGUAGUACCCAUACGAUAACCCUCAAUAUCAGCAGUGCCACAUAUAAGACUGGAAGCGCCGCCACUGAAGCACAAAGUCUAACUCUAGGUGGUGGUACUAAUACCCUAGUCCUAACUUCCGGUGGAGAUAUCAGUAAAGGGGGUGGCCCUCAUACUCUAACUCGUAAAGCCAAUAGUCUCACCCUCAACCUCAAGUCUGCCGAUAGUAAUCUCACUCCUGGAAUCUAUAACGUAAGUCUCAAAAUCGAGUCAAAUAUCAACCUCGGUAGCACCAUUACACUCAAAAAAACUGACAAUCCUGUUAGUCUUGGCACCUACAGAAUAUCUGGUGGUGGUACUAAUACUAAUACUACCAUUACAGGAGCACCCCAAGAAAAUGACAUGCACUCCAGUCACGAAACCACUAACUGUUGUAUGUUUGGUAAACAGAAUACUUGGUCAACUGAUCAUCCUAAUAAUCGUUAA